UACACACUGAACGUGGACUUAGCAAAGUCUUCUUCAAUCAAUCCAUAAAAUGGUUGAUCCUACCACUCGGUAUUCCUCUCCUCACUACUCAAUUUUCUAAAAUCAGAUCCUACGCAAAAUAAAUCUCUUCAGCCAUGGAGGAUCCUACCAUUGCAAUUCCCAAGCUCCCAAACGACGUCAUAAUCGAAAUUCUCACGAGGCUACCACUAAAACCACUCUUGAAAUUCAAGUGCGUCUGCAGAUCAUGGCGAGCCCUAAUUUCCAGCCAACAAUUCGUCGCAACCCAUCUCGAAAACUCAAAAUUAGACCUAAAUUUCACCACCCACAGACUCAUUCUCAACUGUCGAGGGAUUUGCCUGAGGUGAUCGUGAAAGUUUAUAGUUUGAGGAAUGAUGAGUGGAAGAGGAUCAAGAAUUUUGAGGGGCGUUGGUUGAUGGAUGCUCCGGGGGCGUUUACGAAUGGAAAGCUGUAUUGGAUUGCAAGCCAAGGUUACGAGUUAGACUCCGGUUUGGAUAUUGUGUUCCUUGAUUUGGAGAAGGACGAGUAUGAGAUACUGCAAAUGCCGAGCUAUGUGAAGAGUGGGUAUUACUCGAGGUUGGGAGUGUGUGAGCCUGAGGGCUCGUUGUACGUGCUGUGCAGUCACCUGACUGGUGCGGAUGUGUGGAUCAUGGGAGGCCAGGAUUGGACCAAGCUGCUUACAAUUCCUUACAUUGAUGAUUUCCUCAAGUAUACCUAUAAGAGGGCAUCGUAUGUGCUCAAGGAUGGUCGGGUCCUGUUGCUUUGUGGUUCAACUUUUGUCAUAUUUGAUGCAAGGGAUUCCUCGUUUAGGUAUCCCAAGGUUAGGGACGCGGCUGAAUUCAUUGCGGUCGGUGCUUAUGUUGAAACUUUAGUUUCACCAUCAUACUCAAUCAAGGCUGCAUCUCUGUUUUAGAUUGAUGAUUUCCAAUGGUGGAACUUUUGCUUUUCGUUUGUCAUCUUAGCUUAUUAUUUUACUGUCUGUUUAUCUGCUCAAUUAUAUGAUGAAGAUAUUGUUUGCCAGUAUAUUGUACACAUUUUGGUGUUUAAAUAAAAGGUCAAGAAUUGGUGAUUUA